AUGACUAUUUCAUUCAUAUUAUCAUAUCGGAAAAAUUUUUCUAAACGUAAACCUUUUAAUGCAAUGAUUCCUGAUAGUUUGGACUUAGAGAAGGUUGACUGUGUUAGAAAACAAAAAUACAUAAAAGAAGCUUAUACA